AUGGCGGCUAUUAGAGGUGCCUCUUUGAAACAAGUAGCAAAAGUCACCGUUUCGUUUUGUCCUUUUGAUCCUAUGACAGCAACAGCAAGGUAAAGUUUAAGAGGUUAUAAAUUAUUUUCCGACUAAGAAAAAAACUUGCACUUUUUCUUGAUGGAUAACUGACCCUUAUAGACAUAGUCCAGUCCCCCUGCAACCAGGUUAAUAUUUUCACAGUAUUUUUCCCUUUCGAGUGUAGAGGUUGCCUUUCUUUUGGCACAUUAUCACCACUUAUAAAGUAACAGCGCAAGUUCAUGGGAAAAAUAGACCAUUCUGAAUAUUUUUCAAUGAGUAAAAAGACAUGAUAGUAACACUACACUUUUCAAGUCAGUACUAGUAACCAGUGGAGCCCUGUUGGGGUAAAAUUCCAACAAGCGACAUGGCCUUGAAACGGUGACAUAAGACAGCUGAAAUAGCAGCAAAAGACAUAAAGUUGGGAUGAGACUAAUAAAACUGCGACAGUGAUGAGGAAAAUCUCACUGACAGCAUGCAGGAUGGCCUUCUUUUCAAUGGAUCACAUUAUACUCACGUGGCCAGCAUCUAAGCAAAUUUAUUGGAACAAAAGAAAGCGUUUACAUAAGAAAAGAGUUCAACUCCCACACGAUUGGUUUGGGACACCAACAUGGCCGCAGUUUCAUUGUUUUGGGACACCAAUAUGGUCGCUGUGACGUCAAGUGAAAACACUCUAUACAAAACAUGACUGCUUUUAAAAUUCAGACAAGGGACACCCCCCUCCCCUAAGAAGGCCUCAUCAAUGAUAUUUUGCUGUGGAACAGUCAACUGUAGUCAAACUCCUAUAAUUCAGACACUCACAGGAAAAAAUAACGGAUUCCCAUUUUUGGAUAUUUUAGGGUAUUUUUAAAGAAUACCCACAAAAAUCCCAAAUUUGCAAGAGUGAGGCAAGUCCCAAUCAGGGAACUUGGUUGGGAAUUCCCUGGUUGGGACUUGUCUCACUUUGCCAAAUUUGGGAUUUUUUGGGUAUUCUGUAAAUACCCUAAAAUAUCCAACAAUGAGAAUCCGUUAUUUUUUCCUGUGUGAGGGGGGAAUAGUGGGUGUCCGUAUUAACGGGGUGUCCCUAUUAAGUGGGUUGAAUGAGAAAAUGUAAAGGCUUUCUUUCCCCAGGGACAAAGCAAACUGUCUGUGAUAAUGAGGUGUACUAGAAGUGGGUGUCCGUAAAGUGGGGUUUUGACUGUAGUGCCAACCGUGCACUCAGGACUAGCUCAGUUUGUAGAAAGCUUGACUGCAGAGCAGGAUGUUGUAGGUAUCAUUCGCAGGGCAGGACCAAUGCUGAGGAUCUUUUAAAUAACUGAGAAAUGAAGGCACUUUUUUUACCUUGUAAAUGGCAAGACCGUUGAAUGACUUGGAUGACCACAUGUGAAGUGACAGUCCCAUCUCCAGACUUAGUAGAUGUAACAAUAGUGUCCUCGGUUAGUACUUCCAUGCUAAUUACAUAAUUUGCUAAUAUUAUACAUGCUUCUGGUAUAAGCAUCUCUUGAAAGGUGUAAAGUGGAGGUGUAACUAAAGCAUCCUGUAAAAUCCUUGCCCUAAUCUUUGCACCUUCAGUUGCUCCCUCACUGUCACCUGUAAAUAAUAUUAAACCUAGCAGUUUUAAUCUGUGUUGUGUAGUUCCAUGCAUAUUUCAAUUUUUUGUUCAUUUGCAAUUUUAAGGGAAUUUCUUAGAAGAGUUUCAAGUAAAAGUAUGAGGGACUCCAAUGCUAAAUGUGAAAUUAUAUCAGAUAUCAAGAACGAUGGAUCAGAGCCAGUGGUGCAAGUUGUUUUCAGUAAGUGGGGGACAAUAUUUGUGCCUUGCAGGAAAAAACAACCUGGAGUCUUGUUUAAUAGCAGUUCGUGACUUUAUUAGUCAUGUUUUACUCCUGUGAUUGUCAUAUUUUCUCUGAAGAAAAACUAAUGUAGGAAUGUACUAAAAACUAAAUAAAUUUAUAAAAGUACUACGAGAGAGGUUUCAUUUGUUUGGUCACACCAUAGUAUUUCAUUUACAGCUGAUUUAAGCGUAGCCUGGUUUUCGUGUAGGGAAAAUUGGGGAUUUUACUGUUUCCCAACCAUCCCAGAUUUUGCUGACUUAUGCAGUGUUCUCCUUAUCAGGCAGUAAUGGGUAACUGUUACUGCCUGAAGUAACAUUUCUUACUGCCUACAACAGCUUGAAAGUUUUCUUACAUUAAAUUAGUUGUUUAAAAAAAAAACGCAAGUCACGAUCUGAUCCGAUUCUCACAAGGAAAUGAAUGAAUACCAGGUAUAUGGAGAAGUAAUAUUUAAAGAAUACACAGCUUUUGUUUUUAUGGGCCACGUCUUUCGGAAAGAAAACAUAUUUAAGACACUGGUAAAAUUAUUGGAAUCAAACGUUUUAAAUUAUUUGAAACGUUUGAUUCCAAUAAUUUUACCAGUUUUAUUGUUGUCUAAAUAUUACAACAGUUUGAUUUGUGUAAAAUAGGUCUUAAAAUGAGGAAAUGACGUUUCAGAGAACUUAGCUCCUAAAUUUCCCAGCGAGGCCAAUCCAUUUUCCUCACUCCACUACCCCCCAACCCCUCCCCUAGGAAUAUUGCACCUCUGGCACCUAUUUUUUGCCUAACCAGCCAGGAUUGGUCCCUUAACUGCUGAGCUAAAAUUCAGGGAGAACACAGUUAAUGAAAACUCAAAAUCGUAGAUAUCUCCAAUCAUCUGGGACAGUCAGGGACAAAUCUGGAGAAUUGGGUAGUGUUUCUACUUUCCUGGCGCGUCCCAGAUUUCUGUGAUGGUCGGCAAUCAUUUCCAACAAAUGAGAACUCAAAUUUGUACCGUUGGGGACGCGGCGAUGGAUUUCACUCAUCUUGAUUGGCUCCAGCAUUUCCCCUAUCAGGAGACAGACCCCCUGUGUUUUUCAGUAGAUCAGCAAAAUCUGGGAUGGUUGACAAAAAGUAAAAUCCCUGAUCAUCUGGGAUUUUCCCGAAAUAUGAAAACCUGGCAUUGAAAGACAGUUAUGUAACAUGUCUUCAGAAUAUUUUUUUGUUAUUUUUCUUUAUCAUGAGUCUCUGAGAAGUGCCUAGACUGCCUAUAAAAAAGGCUUUGUUUAAAUAGUAAGCUGUGAGCAGUGAGUGGUGCAUUUUUCCUAAGAUCAGUAGGGUACACCAGCAUAAUAGUCAGAAAAACUGUCAGCUUUCAGAUAUCUAUCAUAACACAGUUAUUUCAUUUGUUAACAGAUGACAAAGACACCCUGACCAUGAAAACUAACAGCCUCAAACUCAUGGACAUGUUAGCAAUGUUCAACAGAAGGUGUAGGGAGAAGGAAGUUAAAUAG